AUGAUCGAUCCACAUUAUGGGCAAAGACUGACAUUUGUGACUACAGUACGUCUCUACUUGACUGCCAUAAUGUCGUGGAAUGACGAUACGGCAUACUCUAUGACCCUCGUCAAACACUUAACUGUACCCAUAGGUGCUUGGCCCUUGCAAGAAUACAAUAAAUUCACUUUGUUGCGGCAUAUUGUGUCUAGUCUUGGGUUGAGCGUGGUGGUGGUCGUGCAGUAUCUCGAGCUCUAUUACAACUGCACAAGCGCGAACGCGAAUCUUGACGCCCUCACGCUCUUUGCAUGCGGUAUUGUCGCUCUAACGAAAAUAAUAUGGUUCCGUAUAUACGCCGAUAAUUUGAUUUGCAAUUAUUCCUCUGCCAUGAACGAUUAUCUUUCAAUCGACACCGAGGAGAAGCGCAUCAUCAUGCGAGAGCACGCUUUCUGGGGAAGAGUAAUCUGCAUUAUCGCCUUAUUGAUCGCUUACGUCGAUUCGGCGAUCUUCAUCGUGGGACACGCACAAGUAAGCAGCGAGGAGGCUAAGACUAAUAUAACUAUCCUGGGCCGUCAAGCGGGGUACGCUAUUCCGUCGACAUGUACGUUAGCGAAUUUUCCCAUUUCGACGAACUUAUAUGUGGUGAUUUUCGCGCUGCAAUACAUCUAUCUUGUAAUUAUGUGCCUCAGCAAUCACGGUGAGCCAUUAUUAUUUGUGUAA